CACUGACAGCCAGGCAGCAGCAGCCGCCAGCGCAGGAGGAAGACCAACGGCUCCGGAGGCACCCCCCUCGCCACGGAAACCUCCAGGCAAGGCGCAGUUAAGAGGGGAGGGGAGGAGGUGCAGGUAAAAAUGCAACGUUAAAGUUUGGAAUGCAGCUGUGAAAGAUGAGUCUAUGUGCUGAGAUAUGCCAGCUGCAGAACUCUAACUACAGCGCAGAUGCAUUACACCAACGUUAUGGAGUUCGAUCAUAUCUGCACCAGUUCUAUGAAGACUGCACAGCAUCCAUCUGGGAGCAUGAGGACAAUUUUCAGAUUAAGAGGUCCCCAAGUAGAUGGAGCUCCAUCUUCUGGAAGGUUGGACUAACGGCUGGGAUAACCAUGCUUCUCAUAGGAUUAGUAGUAAUUGCAACUGGCUAUUUGGUGUCACCUAAAAUUGAAGCAUUUGGAGAGGAAGAGGAGGAUUUUCUGGUGGUGGAUGGGCAUGCUGUCCAGUUCAACAUGGCACUGGAUAUUUGUAAGCUGGCAGGUGCUAUCCUCUUUUGCAUUGGAGGCAUGAUAAUGGCUGUCUGCCUCUUGAUGUCUGCCUUUGCCACAAGUUACUCCAAAGAGGAAAAAUAUCUUCAGCAGAAGUUUAAAGAACGCAUAGCAGAAGCCAAGACUUCAACCAAACCCAUCACUAAAGCACUUGCUCCAGGUGAACGUAAAAUCCCCAUCACCUUAUCCAAAGUACACAACGUGCAGCCUACAUCAGAGACCUAAAGUGUAAAUAUCAGACAUUGCAUAAAUUGUAAAUUAGCUAUAUCAGAAUAGGUCUUUUUAAAUGUUUUACCAUAUUUUUAUAGCAGUUUAGAGACAGCUCAUGUAUCCAAUUACUAAAUUUCAGAUUCAUGUCUUUAUUCAGUAAGUUAAUCAUGUGAGAUCUCUAAUGUGAGAUUCAGACUUGUUUCAAUCUUAUGACACAAUUUCUUGGAAGCUGUAAUUUGCAGAUGAUUUUGUUUCCAAAGUGCAAUUGCUUUUAUGUGUAUUUCAAAUGAAUUAAAGUAUUUG